AUGUCUUUCCUAGCAAAGGCCCCGUUAUCGCUUGCGCGCGCCACCAUCUCGAGCCUUGCUACUCCUCUGGAACCCGCCGCUGGUCCUGGCAAAAUGGCUUCCAACAACCGCCAGAAUGUUACCUGGGUUGAGGGUGUUCGCGGAGUUGCUUCCUUCUGGGUCGUCGUAACACAUUUAUGCAGGGCUUGGGACUACAGCCUGUGGUCGCCACGAGACAACGAGAAUGCGGCACCCCAACUACUGCAGCUACCUUUCCUCCGAUUACCGUUCCAAGGCCGUAUUGGAGUCACAAUGUUUGCCUUCCUCACCGGUUACGUAUGCGCCAUCAAACCACUCCGACAGGCCAAAUCCGGAAACAUCCCAGCUGCACUCGAGACACUGGGCAAAUCUGCUUUCCGCCGUCCACCGAGGCUGAUUAUGCCUGCGACUAUUGCCCUGGUCAUUGCGUGGUUCUUUGCCCAGCUGGGUGCUUUCGAGGUUGCGCACCUCAGCGACUCCCACUGGUUCCGCCGUUCCGUCCCGACCAACAUUGGUGGUCUUGACACGGAAAUCCCACGCUUAAUCAAGAACUUCCAGACCUCAUGGUCCGGCGCCAACAACGAAUACGACGACCACCAGUGGGCUCUCUUGCCUCUGUUGCAGGGUGCUUUCCUCAUCUACGUUCUCUUGUUCGCCACUGUUUUCAUGAAGUUCCGCAUGCGCCUCUUCACCUGUAUGGUUCUGUUCCUGUGGUACUGGAUGCGCACCAGCCCGGAAAAGGAAACCUUCGAGUGCCAAUUCCUCUACGGUGUCAUCCUCUGCGACCUCGGCUCCGAGAAAAGCUUCCGCGAAUUCGUUAACAGCCGCGUAAAGGCCCGCCGCAUCGCAACCGCCUUCCUCAUCCUCCUCGGCUGGUACGUGGCGUGCUACCCUGGUGAGCACUGGGAGUGGUCGACUUGGUCUGUUCAGCUUAAGAACAUCGGAGACUGGAUCAUUCCUCAAGGCGCGGCAAGCUACCCCAAGCGCUGGACAGCUAUCGGGUGGGAUCUGAUGGUCACUGGAAUCUGGCUAUCGCCUUCCCUGCAGAGCAUGUUCUCCAACAAGCUCUUCAUGUGGGUUGGUCGCAACAGUUUCGCCGUAUACCUUACCCACGGAACGGUUAUGAAGGUCGGCCUUGCGCGCUUAAUCUACGGAUUCAGCACCGCACCCUACCACGUCGAACAGCCAAAGGACGGCCAGGGCGAGGCCAUCGAGCACUACAUUCCCCGGUCUACCAACUGGUUCGUCUGGGCCCUCGCUAUCCCCAUUUUCUUCGUCGUCGAAUACACUAUCGCCCAUCUCUGGACCACCUACGUGGACGCACAGUGCGCGAAGGCCACCAAGUGGCUCGAGGACAAGAUGUUUGAGAAGAACGAGGAUGAGAAGCACGGCGCCGCGAACAUGGCUUAA